CAUCCUCUCCUUGUGUGUGCGCGCUUCAAAUAAUCUCCUCCUUUUUGGCAAGAGAAAUAAUGCACCUGACUUUACCAGGGGGAACAACCAGCCGAGUAGAACAAGGAACAGAUGUAAAAGGAAUAAAAGGAGAGAGAAAAAGAGAUGAGACUCGUUUAAGGAAAUCCAGGGGCAGAAGAGGUGGCUGCCGCGGCAGAGGCAGCUAGAGCUUCCCUGUCUGCGUGAGCUGCAGGCAGAGGACGCUUUCACCAGUUGCAGAUGUAACCUCGGGAAUUCCUGGGUCCGUCGGUUUGUUUGUCAAACAAAGUCUUUUCUUCUCUGGCUCAGACACUGAAGAGGCUCCUGGAUUUUUCUGCGAUCCCGCCACAAGCUGGCAGUUACUCGAGAGCCUUCUCAAGGAGCUGGCGGAGAAAUGAGCCCUUGUGGGCGGAAGAUGGGCGAGGGGCGUCAGCAGCGGGGGGCUCCCGUCGGGAAGCGCCUUCUGUUCCCCGGGAGGAGAGAUACACCCCAUGGGUGGUCAGGCAGCAGCAGCGCCAGGACGCAGCGCUCCCUGCUCUGGCUCUCGGUGCACGUGUGGCUGUGGGCGGCCUCGGGCUCAUCUGCCCAGUUGUUCAACCUCACCCUUUCCGUAGAUGAGGGGCUACCCCCUGACACGCUGGUCGGUGACAUCCGCGCCGGGCUGCCGGCCGCGCAGCAGCAGGAGGGGAGCGGCUUCUUUCUGUCCGAGGACUCGGAUGACUCCCCGCUGCUGGACGACUUCCACGUGCACCCGGACACCGGCAUCAUCCGCACCGCGCGGCGCCUGGACCGCGAGCUGCGGGACCACUACAGCUUCGUGGCCGCCACGCUGCUGGGCGCUGUGGUGCAGGUGGAGAUUCGCGUCAACGACGUGAAUGACCACUCGCCCCGCUUUCCAUUCGACUCCCUGCAACUCGACGUCUCCGAGCUCAGCCCGCCAGGGACCGCCUUCCGCCUGCCAGGUGCCCAUGACCCUGACGCCGGACUGUUCAGCACUCAGGGCUACACCCUGGUGCAACCGUCCGACCCGCCCAAUGACCCCGCAGGCCCGUUCUUCGAGUUGCGCUACGGGACUCCGGGGCCACUACCGUCACCGCUUUUGCCGGGCUCCUCAUCGCCCCUGGAGCCUCUAGACCUGGUGCUGCUGCGGCGCUUGGACCGAGAGGAGGCUGCGGCGCACCGGCUGCAGAUCGAGGCAUGGGACGGCGGCCGCCCGCGGCGCACCGGCAGCCUGAGCGUGGAGCUGCGCGUGCUGGAUGAAAACGACAACCCACCGGUCUUUGAGCAGGACGAGUACCGCGCAGCGGUGCGCGAGGACGCCCAGCCGGGCGCCGAGGUCUGCCGCGUGCGCGCCACCGACCGCGACCUGGGGCCCAAUGGCUUCGUGCGCUACAGCAUCCGCGCCCGGCAAGUGCCCGGGGCGGGUAGCGGGGGCGGGGCACUGGGCGACGCGGCCUACUUCGCCGUAGAGGAGCUGAGUGGCGUGGUGCGAUUGCGGAGACCUCUGGACCGCGAGGCUCAGGCCUGGCACCAGCUGGUGGUGGAGGCCCGCGAUGGAGGUGCCGAACCUGAGGUUGCCACAGUGCGCGUGUCCAUCGCCGUGCUGGACGUGAAUGACAACCGGCCAGCAAUUCACGUGCUCUUUCUCACAGAGGGAGGCCUCGCCUGUGUCUCCGAAGGCGCCCGACCGGGCGACUACGUGGCUCGCGUCUCGGUGUCUGAUGCGGACCGUGACUGGGAGAAAGAAGAUGAGGCCACCGGGGAGCUUAGUGUGGGUCUUGGAGACCGGAGCAUCUCGCUGUCCUUGGAAGGCGGAGAGGGAACCUUCGCGUUGCGGCCCGGCGGCCCCCCAGGGGUAUUUUUCCUUUGCGUCGUGGGGCUCCUGGACAGAGAGAGCCGCGAUCUGUAUGAGUUACUACUGGUGGCCACGGACGCGGGGUCCCCGCCGCUGAGCACGGAGGAAACGCUGCUGCUCCGGGUCGCUGACCUCAAUGACCAACCACCUCUCUUCAGCCAACAGCAUUACAAGGCCUCAGUGUCCGAGGCUGCGGCCCCCGGCACUGUAGUCAUGUGGGUCAGCGCCUCCGAUGCUGACGAGGCAGGCACUGAGCACGCCUGGCUGCGCUACACGCUAGUCCAACUCUCAGCUCCCUGCAAUCCAGAGGCUCUGCCCGCCGCAGAGUGUGGACCAUCUUUCGCCAUUGAUCCCGAAAGCGGUGUGAUCAGCACUAUCCGGACUCUAGACAGAGAGGUCCAGGAGGCGGUGGAGCUGAGAGUGGUGGCCCGGGACCUCGGAGAGCCCCCGCUCUCUGCCACCUGCCUGGUGAGCAUCACCGUGGAUGAUGUGAAUGAUAAUGAACCCAUCUUCUGGAGGCAGGUGUACAAUGCCACCAUUGCAGAGCAUGCCCCGGUUGGACACUGCUUUCUGCAGCUUAUAUCUGCUCAAGUUGCCUUUGUCAAAAAUAAACAAAAACAAAAUGAAAUACAGGAAAAACAAAAUCUUUCCUAG